AUCCUAGCAAAGGAAGAACGGACUGCAAUUAUCCUGACCCUGGUGAUGGUUACCCCCCCGUCCUCCCCUCGUCCCCUCCACCUCCACUUAAGCCUCCUCCACUUUUGGACAAAGACUGGAGGACCCUGGACUGGAGCAAACAUGAACAUAUGAAAGACAAUUUGAGGAGAAUUCAGACUUGCACCCCAGAUGUGAAGCAUCUCCGUAUCCUGGUCCACGGUCCAGUGGGAGCAGGGAAGUCCAGCUUCAUCAACUCCAUCGACUCCAUCUUCCAGGGGCGCUUGACCAGUGGGGCCAUAGUAGAUGCAGCGACCGGCCACAGCUUCACCAAGACAUUCCAGACCCACUACAUUAAGGACGAGAUUCAUCAUGGCUUCCUGACAUUUGCCUUCUGUGACAUCAUGGGUCUUGAACUAGGGCAAUCCGAAGGCGUGCAAACAGAAGACCUCAGUAAAGUCUUAAAGGGCCACAUCAAAGAUGGCUACACGGAGCAGAUGGACAUACCCAAGGAGUGA